AUGUUUUGCACAAAACCGUCAACGUUGCUGCUUCUCCUGACCGUUUACGUUUCCUGCAACAAACUAAACAUCUCCUACCAGUGGAGAAUCCUGGAUUUCGACUUCGGGAGUCCAGAAAAGCGACAAGCGGCCAUAAACGACAAAAGUUUUAUUCCGGAAAACAACCUCCCUUUGGGAUUGGAGGUUUACAAAAACCGGAUAUUCGUAACUGUGCCCAGAUGGAAGUUCGGAGUAGCGGCUUCUUUGGCUUACAUCGAUAGGACAACAGAUCCUAUGGAAUCUCCAAUGUUGAAACCGUAUCCUAAUUGGGACGCUCACAGGCCCUUAGGAGGAGAACCUCCUGAAAUUGUUUCGCCCUUUAGGAUAAGGGCUGAUCAAUGUGGACGAUUAUGGGUACUUGAUACCGGACUAGAGGGUCUGCUGGAAGAGAAUCCAAACAUUUACAAAAAUUCGACAGUGAUGAUCUACGAUUUGCAUAAUGAUGAAUUGUUGAGGACCUACGAAAUCCCGUACGAACAAACCACCGAGGAUUCGUUUUUCGCCAAUGUGGCUGUGGAAGAUGAAGAUUGUGAGAAUUCCUUCGCCUACUUUGCCGACCUGGGCGGUCCAGGCCUAGUGGUCUACUCCUGGAAACAAAACCGCAGCUGGAAAGUGAAACACAACUAUUUCCACAUCAAACCGGUAGCCGGUGACAUGACCGUGUCCGGCAUCAAUUUCCAAUGGACCGACGGCCUGUUCGGUCUCGCUUUGAGACCGGAAAAAGACGGCUAUAGCACCCUGUUUUUCCACCCUAUGACCAGUUUCGACGAGUUUUCUAUUAGUACCAGGAUAUUACGUGACGAAGCUUUGGCAACCAGUAAAGACAGUUUUUACGAGUUUAAGUAUUUAGGCGGUCGAGGACCAAAAAGUCAAAGUGGAGCUUCAUUUCUGGAUAAAAAAACUGGAGUUUUGUUUUACGCUUUAGUGCACUUAAACGCUGUCGCUUGUUGGAGAACCACAAAUCCUGCUUAUACGAUGGAAUCGCAAGGGAGAAUCUACAUGAACAAUAUUACAAUGGUUUUUCCUAAUGAUGUUAAAGUUGAUAAUGAAGGGAAUCUUUGGGUGUUGUCGGACAGGUUGCCUCAGUUUAUGUACACCUCUUUGGAUUAUAAUGAUGUGAACUUUAGGAUUUUGUCAGCUAAAGUUUCUGAGGCCAUAAAAGGCACUGCGUGUGCUUCUAAGUUGGUCAAGGAUCCUGAUAUAAUGGAGAAAAUCGCUACGAAAUUGGGCGACAAGAAUUUGAUAAGUAAAUCAGCAAGUAGUGAGAAUAAGGUUUGCAAUUUGCUGAUUGUUGGUUUGGUUGUGGCCUUUUUGAGGUAG